AUGAAGAUGAGCAACAUCACUGUAACUGUCUCAGAAUUCAUACUGCAAUGUGCCAUUGAAUCAAACCAGAAGAGCAUUAUGAUUUGUGUUCUUGCAUUCAUCUACUUCAUAUCCAUGUUUGGAAAUCUACUGGUGAUUAUGGUAAUAAUCCUGAACCCUCAACUCCAUGCUCCAAUGUACAUUUACAUCGGCACCUUGGCAGUCAUAGACUUGGCAAACAGUUCAAUUCUUAUACCAAAGAUGCUGUCUGUCAUUCUUCUUGGCUCUUCAGUGGUGCCUUAUGCUGCCUGCGUGUUGCAAAUAUUUCUUUUUCUUCAUGUUGAGGAAAUGGAAUCCUUUCUCUUAGCCUUUAUGGCCUUUGAUCGCUACGUAGCCGUCGUUUACCCUUUGCAGUACCCUUCAGCAAUUACCAAUAAAAAAGUUGGCAUUGGCAUCUUAGUAUCAAAUAUUUUUGGCAUAUUUUUUAAAUCACAUAUCCUUAUUGUUGUUUCUGAGCUUUCAUUUUGUCGUACCAACAUCCUUCCUUUCUGUUUCUGUGAUUAUGCUACCAUGGUCCACGUUUCAUGUACUGAAGAGUUCAAGUACUUGAUACCUUUAUCUGCUGCUGUAGUUGUCUUUGGUGUCUUUCCAUUCAUUUUUAUUCUCACAUCCUACACUCGGAUUGCUAUUGAAGCCCUGAGGAUUUCUUCAGCAGGUGGAAAAAGUAAAGUUUUCAGUACUUGUGUCACCCACCUACUCGUGGUUGGACUCUUUUAUUUUCCAGUUGCCUUGUUUUAUAUAUUGCCAGCAGCAGGAGUAAAGAUAUCAACAGAAACUCACAAUAUUAUCUUCAUUCUUGCAAAUGCUGUUCCAGCUAUGAUGAACCCCAUUAUCUACAGUUUUAGGAAUAAAGAAAUAAAUAAAAGCAUUCAUAGACUCUUUAUUAGAAGCAGAUCAACUCUUUUAAGGAUGAAAUAA